AUGGAAGUCGUGGUAGCGGCAAACUUGAAAAAGGUGCUGCAGCGUAUCAGUGCGGCGUACGAAGUUACGGAGGUCUCAAGGAAGACGAGGAUGCCUCGAUUGGUGGCCGUAUCCAAAACGAAGCCGGUCGAGGCGAUCAUCACUGCGUACGAAAACGGUCAGAGGCACUUCGGCGAGAACUACGUCAAGGAGUUGCUGACGAAGUCGAACGACGAGUCGAUCGUUACCAAGUGUCCGGACAUCAAGUGGCAUCUGAUCGGUCCCCUGCAGCGCAACAAGGUGAACAAACUCUUGCGGGCUGUGAACAAUCUGUACAUGAUCGAGACGAUUCAAAGCACGGCAAUUGCCGAAACGCUGAACGAAGCGCUGAUAAAGGCAGGGAGUCUCGAAAACGUUCUGAAAGUGAUGGUUCAGGUGAACACAAGCGGCGAGGAGCAGAAGUCAGGCAUCAAGCCGGAUGAAGCCGAAACCGUGUGCAACUUCAUCACCACCUCUUGCCCCACGUUGGAACUCACCGGCCUCAUGACCAUCGGCUCUUAUGAACAGAGCACCAGCAACGACGCAGCCCCUAAUGCUGACUUCGAAACUCUGUUCAACGUUCGUGAACGUGUCUGCAAAGCGAAGAACUGGCCACUGACAAGACUGGAACUCAGCAUGGGUAUGUCUCAUGACUUCGAGAAGGCUGUACAGAUGGGCAGUACGAAUGUACGGGUAGGCAGUCUGAUUUUCGGAUCGAGAAACGGAAUGGACGCAUGUUCCGAAAGCGUGCCUUACGAAAAGUACGUCGUUCCUUCCUUGAAAGGCCUGAAGAUUGGGGAAAGCAAAUCAGCAGACUUUUCUGGCGACAUUCCAAGCCUCACAGUCGGGGUGGUGCAUAGCGCAGACGGAUCGGCGUACAUCGAAUCUGGCAAGACGAAAGUUUUAUGUACCGUAUUUGGCCCUCAGGAAAUCACUCGCGACGCAUCCGUUUCUACCGAAGAUCCGGUGAACAUCGGGACGGUGAUGGUACGCGUAAAUUAUGCACCCUUUUCCUUACGGACACGAAUCAAAAGAAAUAAGCGAGAGCAAGAAACGCUGGAAGAACAGAUUCUGCGACAGCUGCUGUCGGACACGCUGCUUUCCGCCAUUUGCCUGGAGAAAUAUCCGAGGUCUCAAAUUGACGUCAUCAUUACGGUAAUCGAAGAUGUCGGCAACGGUAGUAGCACACGGGUUUCGAACGUUCUGCAUUUUUCAUGGGCAUCUUUCAGUUCCUGCAACCUCGAUCACAUGCUGUUCUGGAGCGUUGGCUGA